UCCUGCUGCUGUUGGGCCGCCUUGAAGCCUCGAAGACCGUCUCCUACUCACCCCAUCUGCCCCACAAAGGUGCUGGUGGGAUGGAGCCAGAGACCUGCAGCCCCUUAGGUGAUUUCCCGCCACCAGCCCUCCUACCAAACAUCUCUUUGGCUCAGGAAGGCAGUUUGGUCCUCGCCCGCUGCCUGGUUUUCUCCCAUCUCCCCGUCACCCACAUCUUCUUCUGCAAGAACGGCGUGGUGCUGCAGAACCACCCCGUGGGUCCCACGCAGUUCAGUGCCACGCUCGCCAUCCAGCUUUCUGCAGAGAGCAGUGGAACCUACUGCUGCGGGUACCGACGGCGGAGCAACGUCGGGCACAUCAAGAUCUCAAGUUUGAGCAUCCCGUGGCUCCUGACCACCGGAGGUAGGAAGGGUGAGCUGAGGAACAGCAGCACCACCAGCACCCUGGGGCUGCCAGCUGAAGGGCUGGGAAUCUCACUCAGCCUGGCCCUCAUGGUCAUCUCCCUCCUGGCUUUGAGCUUCCACCUCUUCCUGCAGGCAGGGAAGCGAGUCCAGCUGGCCAGCUUGAAGCACUGCAUUCAUCCCCCAGUGGAAGAGCCCAGCGUUUCACAAAGGAAAAGUCCUCCAGGAUCUCUUGCGUCCGGAUGGCUUCUUGUUGGACCGCAGACAAAACUCCUGGCUACAAAGAUUGUAGUGGGGGCACGGCAGGGGGAAUCUGCCCCAAAUUGCAUCCCUUUGCCUCAGCACCACCUGCUCUGCAUUUCCCAGCUGCUCGGUUAUCCACCAGUCCUGGAUGACUCCCAGGCUCACAGAGGCACGGUUGAUGACCAUCCUGGUGGCCCAAAGCAGCACCAGGUCCCUUUGCCAACAUCACCCAAGUGUUAA